GAAUGGCAUUCCAACGCCCGCCUUCCUUGUAUCUUUUAAAGGAUUUGAUUGGAUAAGACAGAAACUGGGACUAAAACAGGGCAGGGCAGAUUUUGACAGCUAACACUAGUCCUACUACUGAAGAGAGCACAACUCAACGGCAAAGAGAUUAAAGUAAUUUUAUGAAUUCUCCCAGUGAUGACGAUACACCAUAUUUUGCUUGAAACGAUCAAUAGGUAGUAAACUUAUAAUAAACCAAUAUAAUUUGCAGAUGCAUGUUGAUCCUCAAAGAAAGUAGGUGUCUAGUCUAUACAUUGAACUACAAUACCCACAAUUCAUUGAGUGUAAAGUUCAGACGUCAAACUAACAACAAGGAAGUGGAACUGUAGAGACUGAUUUCUUCAAUUAUCUUAAGCUGCUUAAAGACAGACUGAUUUUGUAAAAGCACAUUGCGUGGGCGUCGUAGAUUAGUACUGUUAGUGUCCUUAUUUUAUACAGUUGUGUAAGUGCGUCUUUUUUAUAGUUGCCUGGGAAAAAUCUGUAGAGUUGCUUAGUUAAACUUCAGCAAGUGUGCUGAAUGACCUGAUACUGGUCUCAUUCAUUGUCGAUAACAAACGACCGGACCGCCAGCUGCUUGUAUGGUUGUAUCUAAAUCACAGAGACGGAGAGAGCACCUUCUAAAAUGAGAAAAACGAAGAAAAUAGAAUGUCGGACGAUAUGCCUCUUACAACGAGAACACUGGCACAGCAUCGUUUGCCACCAUGAGGGUGAUCACCUUUUUCCUGGUGGGGCUCCUGGUCCAUGUAGUCUUCUUCAUCUCCAUCUUUGACAUUUACUUCACAUCCCCCCUGGUCCACGGAAUGACCCCCCAGUCUGUGCCCCUGCCCCCCCCGGCCUCACGCCUGGUCCUGGUGGUGGCAGAUGGUCUCAGGGCUGACAGCCUCUACUUACCCCUCGACAACGGUUCAUCCAGGGCACCUUACUUAAGGAGUGUUGUGGAGCGGAGAGGGAGUUGGGGUGUGUCACACACCCAUGUGCCCACAGAGUCUCGGCCUGGACAUGUGGCCAUGAUCGCUGGAUUUUACGAAGAUGUUAGCGCUGUGGCUAAAGGCUGGAAGGAGAACCCAGUUGAGUUUGACUCUGUGUUCAACGAGAGCAGGCACACCUGGAGCUGGGGCAGUCCAGACAUCCUUCCUAUGUUUGCUAAAGGUGCCAGUGGGGAGCACGUGUACACACACACGUACCCUGCGGAGAAUGAGGACUUUGCCUCCACGGAUGCCUCUAGGUUAGACACCUGGGUGUUUGACCAAGUCAAGGCCUUCUUCCAGUCUGCUAGGAUAAACAGCACUCUGAAGACCAUGCUCCAGGAAGACCAGAACGUCUUCUUCCUGCAUCUGCUGGGAAUCGACACCAACGGGCACGCUCACAGACCCAUGUCCAAGGAAUAUCUGGAGAACAUAGCACUUGUGGAUGCUGGCGUGGCGGAGCUGGUUACACUGUUUGACGAGUUCUUCAAUAACGACGGAAGAACAGCCUACGUGUUCACGUCUGAUCAUGGCAUGACUAACUGGGGCUCACACGGUGCAGGACACCCCUCUGAGACCCUGACCCCACUGGUGGCAUGGGGGGCGGGGCUUAACUCUGCCCAGAGAGUAACUGACCCCCAGCAGUACACAGACGGAUACCUGCAAGAGUGGAAACUGGAGGGCCUUCGCAGGGUUGAUGUCAAUCAGGCGGAUAUUGCUCCCCUGAUGGCAUCUCUCAUCGGAGUCCCCAUUCCUCUCAACUCAGUGGGAGAACUGCCUCUCCUCUACCUUAACAACAGCGACCACUUCAAGGCAGAGAGCAUGUACGCUAACUCCAUCCAGAUACUGGAGCAGUUCAAGGUGAAGAUGGCUCAGAAAAAGAACACCACACUCCCCUUUCUCUUCACGCCGUACCAGUUGCUGACUGAAUCCAGACAGGCCGAGCUGAUUGGCCAGGCCCGGGUUCUGAUCCAGCUGGAGAAGUUUGAGGAGGCAAUCUCUCUGUGCAGGUCUCUAAUCUCCAGUGCUUUGGAGGGGCUGGUGUACUAUCACACCUAUGACAGGUUCUUCCUGGGUUGCAGUGUGGUGCUGGGAUUUGUAGGCUGGACCUCAUAUGUAGUUCUUCUGAUUCUGAAGACCCACACCAGUCUCAGGAGACCACCCACUCGACCAAACCAGAAGUCAGGCCGUGCCCUGGUCUGGGUGUGUGUGUGUGUCACCCUGCUCAUAGGGGUCUUCCUCCUGCUCCAGAGGAGCCCGCUCACCUACUACAUCUACUGCCUCCUGCCUGUGCCUGUGUGGUACUCUGUCCUCAGAGAGUGUGGGACCUUAAUGGACCUGCUCCGCUCUGCUCCAUCUCUUCCUCUCUGGAAAUGUCUCGGUUAUUUUGUGCUGGUCACAUUCGGAAUAGAGCUGUUGGUGGUGAGUUUCUUCCAUCGCGCCAUGCUGACCCUCGGGCUGCUGGUGUUCUCUGUCUGGCCCUUCCUGUCUGGACUCUACACUCAGGCCAAGUUCCACAGCAUCUGCUGGGUCCUGGGAUGUCUGGCUAUGUCUGCUGUUCCCAUGAUGCCUGUGGUGGGGAGAGAGGCCAACGUCCAUGUGGUUACCUGUGCGGGCGGCCUCACCCUCUUCACCUCCGCCUGCUACGUGUGGUCGUCACGGCGACGCACGCCCCUGCUGUGUGGUCACCUCCAGCUCCUCCUCUCCCAGAUGGUCCAUGUGGCAGUGUGCGCGUGUGUUCCCACACUCACACACUCCAGCCUGCAGCACAAACAGGGACUUCCUCUCAGCAACCAGAUCAUCAGCUGGGCCACGUUAGGCUCCUCGCUGCUGGUCCCUCUGCUCAGCUCCACCCGUCUGUUCCAGAGGCUUCUCAGCAUCCUCCUCUCCCUCACCUCCACCUACCUCCUCCUCAGCACAGGGUAUGAGGCUCUGUUCCCCCCAGUGCUGUCCUGGUUGAUGUUCGUGUGGAUCAACAUGGAGCAGGAGGCCAUGCAUUCUCAGGGAGUCACUGGGAGACAGGAACUGUCCGGUAUUGACUUCUCUGACAGCGUGGACAUCACCAAGAUCAGACAGCUGAAGUUAGACGACAUCCGAAGGUCCUACUUCUUUGUGUUUUUCAUCAUCACUGCAUUCUUCGGGACAGGAAACAUUGCUUCUAUUAACAGUUUUGACCCAGCCUCUGUGUACUGCUUUGUCACGGUUUUCAACCCUUUCAUCAUGGGAGGACUAAUGAUGUGGAAGGUCAUCAUUCCCUUCAUAGUGGUGAUGUGCAGCUUUGAGAGCAUCCAGGUAGCCACCCAGCUGUCAUCCAGAAGCCUCAUCCUCAUCGUGCUCGUCAUCUCAGACCUGAUGGCCCUGCAUUUCUUCUUCCUGGUUCAGGACUACGGAAGCUGGUUGGACAUCGGCACCAGCAUCAGCCACUACGUCAUCGUGAUGUCCAUGACCAUCUUCCUGAUGCUGCUCAGUGUGGUGACGCGAGUCCUCACCUCCAGGAGAGUCUAUCUGUGGAGGAGACGCAAGAUGCACUUCCCCUGAAUCACUAUGGUGUGUGUGUGUGGGGGGGUGCAUGCACGUGUUUGGACGGAUGUGUGUGAAGCAUUCAUAUCUCAAGCCGUGUUUUAUUUGAAAUAAUAUUUAUUUAUUACGAUAAAUACUCAACCAUAGUAUAACUGUAUAGUACUAUACACACGAUGGAUUUAUGUUUGUUGGUGCACAGAUGUUAC